AUGUCUGGCGCAAACAGCUGGCUCGCGCGGCAGCGCAAGUCGGAUCUCGUUGCUUUGGCAGAGGCGGUCGGGCUCACAGAUUAUGAUAGCAUGCGAAAGAGUGAACUGGAGGUCGCGCUCGACCAGCACCUCUCCGAGCAUGCCACGCGCUACCAGUCCAACCCACGGUUCCAGGACUACUUCAAGAGCCGCGCCCGCGCAGGGGGGUCGCCCGUCAAGAAGGAGCUCGCGCAUGAGCUGAAGGUAUCGAGAAGGCGAAUUGCCAAAGCUGUCAAGGAGGUUAUGGCACCUGAGCCUGAAGAUGAGGAAGAAGAAGAAGAAGAAGAGAAUAGCGAACCCUCCCCGGUAGCACAGGCCACUCAAGCCGCGUCCACCGCGCUAGCCCAGACUCCGGCCCGCGCCAUGUCCCUGGCGUCGCGCCUCCAACUCCCCGCCACCCCGGCCGACGUCGCCCAGGCCGUCGACCGCGGCACCGUUGCGGUGCGCGAGCGCGUCGUUUCCCUCUACCAAGAAUCCGGCAUCACGGAAGCGACGCAGACGACGCGCGAGCGGCUGUCGACGGUGCACUCGGUCAUCUCGCUAAUCGCGCUCUUCGAGCUGUACAAGCUGCGCCAGGAAGUGCUGCCCGACCGCUACGCCUUCACCAUCCCCGCGCUCAAGCUGCUCCACACGCCGGACUACCCCGUGCACCUGCCUGACAUGUUCGCGCUGCUGACGGCCAGCUUCUGGGGCCCCGCGCUGACCUGGCUGCUGACGAGCGUCGUGCUGCCGAGCCUGUUCGGUUACUUCUUCAAUCUGAGUGCCGCGCAUCACAGCAACAGCUCUUCUGCUUCUUCUUCUUCCUCCAAGAGCAGCAGCCGUCGCGCUCAGUAUGCGGCGGCGGUGUCUGAGUACGCUGUCGAUCCGCUCACCUUCAGCAUCGUCAAGGCCGUGGCUACCUAUGUCGUCUACGCGCAGGGCGUCACCUUCGGUGGGCUGAUCAACCCGGACUCGGUCAGCCGCAUCAACUCGGCGCUGUACAGCGGCUGGAGGGGUGUGCUGGUUGGCACUGCGGUGUCGGCGCUCACCUCCGUGUAUGAUGCUGUGUUGAGCAAGUAA